ACAUCUAACCAGCGAACAGAACCAAACAUAAAAAUACAUACAUAGCUUUAAUUAAUACAUAGCUUAAUUGUCGACACAUUCCAUCUUAUUUUAGUUCACGAAUGGUACGGGUACCUAUUUGAAAUACAGAGAGGGAGAUCCGGGAUGAAUUGGGGGAAAACGUGUGCAACAUCAUUCUUAAAUGUAACUUCGAUAUAUGAAUAAUGGGUUUUUAAACCUAAUAGAAGACAUGGAGAGGGGGAGUGCUAGGGUUAAGGAUCGGUCUCCGGCAGCCAAGGACAGUGGUAGUGGGACCAAGCGGCAGCUUCCAGGGUAUGGCAGGCAGUUUCUAGCGCAGGUAACUACGUAUUUCUUCUAUGAUUUUCCAGCAGAUCGAUCAAUGAAGGAUAUGUGGUUUUGCUUUUGGUCAUUUGGGAAGGUGGCAGAUGUGUUUAUUCCGGCAAGGCGUGAUCGGAGAGGGCGUCGUUUUGGUUUCGUCCGUAUGGCAGAGGUCUCAGAUGUUAAGGAUAUGGAACGUAGAUUGAAUCAGAUUUGGCUUGGAUCUUAUCAUCUCAAGGUAAAAUUGGCAGGGAACAUGAAAAGAGAGAGGGGGGUGUUUACAACGAAUCAGAAUAGGCAGGUGGAGAGAAAAUGGAUUCGAAGAGAACGUAAGGUGACUCCAGAGAUGACUUAUGCUCAGGUUGUAGCUGGCAACGUCGUCGCAUCCGAGGUAGGGAUGUCUUCGAAUAAUGAUGUCAGGCAGGUUGAGAGUACAAAAGAGAUGGAACCGGUAGUGGAGGUGGUUCAGGAGACAAUACCAGAAAGGAGUACUGUGCCGUUGAUAAGCGACGGUAGGGUGGAGGAAAGGUUUUUCUCAAAAACUGAUUUGGUAUUAGAAUUUUCUCCUAAUGAUGAGGAAGUAGCUUGGUUGAAACGAAGUAUGGUGGCGAUGGUUCGAUCUUUAGAUAUGGUGAAGAAAAUUCAGAACAGGUUGGAGGUAGAUGGCUUACUGGUGAAUGUGGCUUUGCUUGGUGGUCACCAUGUCAUUUUAGUUGAUUAUUCAGAAGGAUGCCUGGAGGAGUUUAUCAGUCAUAACAGUGAAUUAGUGGACUCUUGGUUCGAAUGGUUUCAACCAACUUCUUCAUCCAUGAAAGCUUCGGGGAGUAGAUUGGUAUGGCUUCGGUUCACUGGUGUUCCAUUAAAGGCCUGGAGCGAGAGAUGCUUCACAGAGUUAGGUGGAUUAAUCGGAGAUGUGAUAUUAGUGGAUGAGGAUACGAGAAGUAAGUCCUUUUUGUGUGAAGGACGGGUGUUGAUCUUAAGUGAGGAAAAGAGUAAAAUAUCGGCCACAAUUGCUCUGAAGGUUGACGGCAUAGUUUUCCCGAUAGCAGUGCAGGAGGAGGAGUGGAGGAUGGACCCGGAUUGGUGGUUGGCCGGGGAAAGGCGGAAUCCGGUGGUAGAAUCUGAAUCAGAAUAUUCUGAUGAUGGAUACAGUGAAUCAACUUUCAAUGAGAACGGAUUUUCAGGCGAUGAUGGGGCAGUGUUGGCCGAUGAAUGCGCUGCAACGGAAAGGGUUUUAAAUUUGACGUUACAAAAAGAAGUAGAUUUAAAUGUGGGAGUUUCGGGUGAGAAGAUGGAAUUUAAUGGGCUGGAGAUAUUUGGGCCGAGUGGAGGCAUUUUUAAUGGGCCACAUAAGGGCAGAGAAGGGGGGCAACAGUCUGAAGACCGAAGUGUUGAAGCUGGGUCCGGAAAUGGGCUGGAGGGUCUUUAUGUUAAGUCAACCCGACCGAACUGGACAGAGAAGAAACGCAGAAGCUUGGGAACGAUUUAUGCAGGGGCGAUUGGGAUGGAGGAACCAAGGAAAACAGGCAACAGCUGGGUCACGGCAAGGACUAAAGCUCGCAGAAAUCGAAGGGUCACAGAUGUGCGAGGGGAUGAACCGCAGAUGGAAAGCUGCUCUCUAUCCGAUGGGUGCAUCCGACACCGGAAUGAGGUGAUUCGAAAGCAGAUGCAGAUGGACGAAGUGAAAGAGCUGUUUGUGAUGGGGCAGAAGUUGGGGAUUCAAUGUCACCAAAAUGAAGAAGAGGUGAUCUCCAGGGGAUUGGGUAGUGUGAUUAAGAGAAAGGAGAUCUGUAAAUUGGUGAAUAGGGAGAAGCCGGAUUUUCUAUUUAUUCAGGAAACAAAAUUAGAGGGAGUUGAGGUUUCUCUGUGUAGAAAGUUGUGGUAUUCUGAGGAUUUUGACUGGGUGAUGCAAAAUUCAGUAGGCAAUUCGGGAGGUUUAUUGUCUAUAUGGAAUAAGAGCAAUUUUGUUAAAGACAGGGUGAUAGAAGGAAGCGGUUUUAGUGGGAUUUCAGGGGAGUGGGGAAAGCAGAGGUUGAGAUGUAAUUUUGUUAAUGUGUAUGCUCCAUGUGAUAGGCAGAGGAAGGUUAUGUUGUGGGAUGAGUUGAGCAAGUUAGUUCUGGAAGAGGGUGGUAGAUGGCUCUUAGCAGGGGAUUUUAACGUAGUAAGGAAUGGGGCAGAGAGGAAGGGGAGACUAGGAGAGACUCUGGACAUGGGAGAUUUUAAUCAAUUUGUAGAGGGGUGUGGAUUAAUCGAUGUUAGAUUGAGGAAUAGGAAAUUCACCUGGUACAGACCUGAUGGCUCUUCAAUGAGUAGGUUGGAUCGGUUUUUGUUAUCCACAGAAAUGAGUUUAUUGGAUAGAGACUGGGUUCAAGUCGGGGUUCGAAGAUCAAUUUCAGACCAUUGUGCACUUAUUUUGUCGUCAAGAAAUAAAGAUUGGGGUCCCAAGCCUUUUCGAGUUCUUGACGCAUGGCAACAACAAGCUGAUUUUAGAGGUUUUGUUGAGGAUAAAUGGAAGAGUUUGCAGAUUGAAGGAUGGGCGGCUUUCCAAUGUAAACAGAAGCUGAAAUUAUUAAAGGAGGAUUGCAAGGGGUGGAAUAGGGGGGUUUUUGGUAAUGUGGAGACUCAGCUCGAUACAAUGUUGAAGAAUAUUGAGAGGUUGGAUAAAAAAAGUGAGGAAGAGGAGCUGAGUGAAAAUGAGGUGCUAUUGAGAAAGGAAUGCUUUCAGGGGAUGUGGGACAUUUUACGAAGGAAAGAAGCGGUGUGGAAGCAAAAAUCAAGGAACAAUUGGGUUCGUUUGGGGGAUGCCAAUACAGCUUUUUUCCACAAAUGUGUGCAGACAAGGAGGGCACAGAAUGGAAUUGAUGGUAUCUUAGGGGAGGAGGGCUGGAUUGAGGAACCUGAGUUAGUUAAGGCUGAGGCAGUUAAAUACUUUAGUAAAUUAUUCCACAAAGAGCAGUGGAGUCGGCCUGUAAUGGAAGGGAUCCAAUUUCGUAAAAUCUCUGGAGCACAAAAGGAGUGGCUAGAAAGACCGUUUUCCAUAGAGGAGAUUGAAGAGGGUCUUCGAAGUUGUGAUGGGUCAAAGGCGCCAGGCCCAGAUGGUUUCAACUUCAAUUUUAUAAAGUUUGCUUGGAACACGUUGAAGGACGAUUUUGUGAAGUUUUUGCAGGAGUUUCAUUAUCAUGGGAGGUUAGUUAAAGGUCUUAAUUCCUCUUUCUUGGCAUUAAUACCUAAACUUUUGAAUCCAGUGCAGUUUAAAGAGUAUAGGCCUAUUUGUCUGAUUGGUUGCUUGUAUAAAUUAUUGGCGAAAAUUUUAGCUAAUAGGUUGAAGAGGGUAAUGGCAGAUAUUAUAAGUGAGUCACAAUCAGCUUUUGUAGGGGGUCGUCAGUUGGUGGACAGUGUGUUAGUUUUGAAUGAGGUAGUAGAUGAGGUGAAGAGAAAGAAACAAGAGAGCUUUAUAUUGAAGGCUGAUUUUGAAAAAGCAUAUGACUGUGUGGAUUGGGAUUUUCUGGAUUGGAUGAUGGACAGAAUGGGUUUCGGGGUUAAAUGGAGAAAGUGGAUUCGGGAAUGUCUUUCAACAGCUAGGAUUUCUAUUUUACUAAACGGAAGUCCGACGUCGGAAUUUUCAGUCAGUAAAGGUCUUCGUCAAGGAGAUCCUUUAUCCCCCUUUCUGUUUUUAUUAGUGGGUGAAGGUUUGUGCGGGCUGGUGAAAAAAGCAGAGUGUGAAGGUUUGUUGAAAGGUUUGGAAAUUGGGAGGGGUGGUAUGGUGUUGUCAUUAUUGCAGUUUGCGGAUGAUACUGUCUUCAUGGGAAAGGCAUGUGCAGGGAAUUUAAAGGUUGUGAAAGCCAUUUUGCAUUGGUUUGAAUUGAUUUCAGGAUUAAAGAUAAAUUUUAGCAAAAGUUAUUUGUAUGGGUUUAACAUUUCGGAAGGGUGGGUAAAAGGUGCAGUUGACAUUUUGCAUUGUGGGAUUGGAAGGAUGCCUUUUAUCUACCUUGGUUUGCCGGUUGGAGGGAAUCCGGGGAGGAAACAGUUUUGGAAUUCUGUGCUGGAUCGUUUUCGUCAUAAGCUUGCCACUUGGAAAAGCCCACUACUGUCCUUUGGAGGCCGGAUUACCUUAAUUAACUCGGUACUGUCUGCUCUUCCUAUCUUUUAUUUAUCUUUAUUUAAAAUUCCUAAAUGUGUGCUUGUUGAAUUGAUUAAGAUUCAGAGGAAUUUCUUUUGGGGGGGGGUGAAGUCCGAAAAGAAGAUUUUCUGGGUUAGUUGGGAUCGUUUGUGUGUGGAGAAGGGAAGAGGGGGUUUAGGAAUAGCUGAUUUAGAGAGGAGAAAUUUUGCUUUGCUGGGUAAAUGGUGGUUUAGACUAGGUGAUGGAGUGGAUGGUUUAUGGAAGAGAGUGAUAUGGGAGAAAUAUUAUGGGGGGCGAAAGGAGGCGGAUAUAACUUCUUUUGAAUCUUUGACGAUGUCUCGUGUGUGGAAGGAUAUUGUGAGUGUGGGUAGGGGGUCCGAAAGGUUAGUGGAGAUGUUAGUAAAGGGUUUUCAAUGGAGGGUUGGUGAGGGAAGAUGUGUAGAGUUUUGGAGGGAUAAAUGGGUGGGAGACAAGUCCUUGAAAGAUCUAUUUCCGAGGCUGUUUGUGUUAUCUACGAUGAGGGAGGGUCGGUUGAAGGAUAUGGGAUUUUGGAGGGAGGAGACUUGGGUAUGGGAUUGUAGAUGGCGACGAGGAUGUAUAGGGAGGGCUGUAGGGGAGGAGGGACAGCUUAGGGAUAUGAUUAAUGGGGUAAGAUUGAGGAGGGAGGAAGUAGAUUCUUGGCAUUGGAUUCAUGGCAGUGAUGGUACCUAUUCUGUAAAGGCAGCUUAUGAUUUUCUAUCACCGAAAGUUUGUGUUCUGGAUGAGAAAUGGUCCCGGAUUAUUUGGAGUAAAUAUGUUCCUUCGAAGUUGAGUGUUUUCGGGUGGAGAUUAUUUUUGGAUAGGUUGGCCACUAAAGAGAAUUUGGGUAAAAGAGGGAUUGUGUUGACAGGUGGGGAUGUGAGUUGUGGGUUUUGUAAUGAGGGGGUGGAGAGGUUACAUCAUAUUUUUUGUGAGUGUGAAGGGGUGUGGUUGGUAUGGACGAAGGUUUUGGGAUGGUGGGGGUUACAAAGUGUUUUGCCAAAUGAUAUAUUUGGGAUGGCAGAGGCGGUGGUGUGGGGAAUAAGUGGGGAUUGCUUGAAGGAGCUGGGAGGCCUUAUUUUUUUGGUAACUGCUUGGUUAGUGUGGUACUGGAGGAAUAUGAAGGUGUUUGGACCAGCUUUGCAGUCUGAAGUGAGAAGCCUUGCGUUUAUUUCGGAAUCCAUCAAGAACUCUUCGUCCCCCAUGAAUUCAGCAAUGCUGGUGGUGCUGAUGUUGACUCCGGUGAUCGAAGCCGCCUCAAGAACUUCUUCGAAGAGUAGAAUCAGAAGCACCGCCAAAGUGAAUCCAAGGCAAAGUCUCUUCGUCUCGGUUCUCAUCUUCUUCUUCACCGAUGGAAGCUGAUCAGUUUUGGAGGAGAAAGUCUACUGUACAACCGGGAUACCAACUGACGUGGUAUCCCCGUCCAAUGAGAUCAUCGCAAUCCACUAAAAUUAAUCCACUUCAUCAUGCACAUAAGACACUUUAUCUUAUGAACAAUACACCUUUUCUAAUGAAAAAUUCAAUGUAAC